AUGGAAGCGGAUUUAAUUGCCCUGCAAGCACAGCACGAGACUGAAACACCCAAUGAAGGUACCCAUAGGGUCCACGUCCACCUGCACGUGCCACGUCUACAUGCCCCUCUAUUUUCUUCUCACUCUUUGAUCAAAAGUGUAAUCAGUGUUGAGUGA